GCCAUCGGGCGAAUUUACCUUCCGGAAAAAGAGUGCACCAGUUGGCUUGAUCCGCCGCCAAGUUUAAAUUUUGGGUGACACCACCGAGUUAUUAGAGUCGAGGGAACACCAAGAAUAGCAUUUAACCACCUUUUAAUUUUCUAUUCCGAUCAUUUUCCUUCUUUCUUUCCUUUACGAUGGAAAAAUACUAUCAUGGGCAGCAAUAUAAUACAGCAGCGCAGCCGGGAUAUGGUCAAGGUCAAUACGAUAGCUAUGCGAUGCAUUAUCUCCCGCCACAACAAGGCUAUUCGGUGAACCAUCCGGACGAGUAUUCUGACCAUUACAACCGAUCUGGAAGCACGCCCGUACCUACUCCUAGCAAUGAUAAUGGAUACGUCGUUGACAAUAGUGCUGACCGAAGUCAUAUCGUCGGCAUGGCGAUGCCGUCAGAUGGAGGAUAUCGAAAUUUUGAAAAGGCCGCCUAUGUUCCUAUCGAUGGUGCAGGAAGCAUCCGACAACGCCGAUCUUGCAUCGAUAUGUUCUGCUGUGGAUGCUGCACCUGUUGUCCCCGUUGGAUGCGAUGGUGCACCUGUUUAAUACUUAUCAUCAUCGUCGGGUUAGGCAUUGCUGUGGGUGUACUGGCGGCUAUAUUUAAAGUGCCGGAAGUGAAAUUUCAAGGCAUCGAAGGACAGCCAGCAGUCAGCCUCAACGGCACAAGCCUCAACAUGAUGAUGAAUUUCAGUAUCAGCGUCAACAAUCCAAAUAUUGAAAGCAUUACAUUUGAAACCAUUGAAGCAACGGCCUUUUACCCAGGACAUCAUGAUAUUCCUUUAGGCGGUGGCACCAAAAAAGACCUCCACAUUCGCUCCAACGGUGUCACCAACUUUACAUUUCCUUUUGAAGUCAAGGUUGAUGCACAGCAGAGUGCCUCAAAAUCCAUUGCGGCCGACAUCCUUACCAAAUGCGGCCUUGUUGGAGGCGAACGGCAAGAUCUUACAAUAGACUACGACGUGAAACCCACAGUUCGCAUUGUAGGAAUUCCUAUUUCUAUUACCUUGAGCAACAAAGCCAGUUUUCCUUGUCCAAUUGAUGGCAAUGAUGUAUUUUCAAUCCUUGAUAAAUUACUUCCCCUUAUCCCACCGGAUCUACUGCCGAACAAUGGUUCAUGAGAAUAAAAACAGCUGUAACAGGAUCGGGAUUAGUUGUAUUCGACAAAAUAAUUUAAUGCGGUCUAUGCAUAUCGUUACUUCCAUAUCGGGAUAAGCAACGAUGAUAACAUAUGAAUGCAUCUCAGUGGCUGUCGACUAGGAACAGUAAAGUUCUAUGUUCAAAAUUAUUCGACGGGUAAGUUGGAGGCAAUCGCCUACACCUCCUUAUAGUGUACUUUUACUUUUAGAAUAAAG